AUGCGAAUUGCCAUAACUACUGAAACGGGUGAACUUCACAAUGUUGAAGUUGAUUCGCAAAUCGAGUUGGAAAACGUCAAGGCUCUGAUAGAAGCAGAGACAGGCAUCUCAACCUCUGAUCAGAUACUUCUUUAUAACGGCAAAGAGUUACCAGACCAAAAGAAAACAUUGGAACAAUAUGGCGUGAUUCAGGAUAGCGUUCUGCUACUCAAAAGGAAAUUUCCGGCUAAUUCUACAUCCGAUGGUGGUGGUGUUCAUGGUGCGCCUGAUGUUGAACAGAUGCGGCGACUUAUCUUGGAGAGACCUGAUCUCUGGAGACAAUUAUCUCAAGCACAACCUGACCUCGCAAAUGCCGCUUUAAAUGAUCCCGAUAGGUUCGCCGUUUUAAUCAGGCAGAUGGAGCAACGUCGAAAAGAAGCAGAGCAACUAAUGAAUUUGCAGAACGCAGAUCCUUUUGACAUUGAAGCACAACGAAGGAUCGAAGAAGAGAUAAGACGAGCUAAUGUCAUGGCAAAUUUGCAAACCGCAUUAGAAUACACGCCGGAAGCUUUUGGAAGAGUCACCAUGCUGUAUAUUAAUGUUGAAGUGAAUGGCCGCCCAGUAAAAGCAUUUGUCGAUUCUGGCGCGCAGGCAACAAUUAGUAUGAUUAUGAGACUGGUAGACACACAAUUUGCCGGUGUCGCGAAAGGAGUUGGCACAGCAAAGAUUAUUGGGCGUGUGCACAGCGCACAAAUUCGUGUGGGCACUGAUUUAUUUUUGGCUUGUUCUUUUACGAUAAUGGAGGGACGAGGUGUGGAAUUGUUGUUUGGACUGGACAUGUUAAAACGUCAUCAAGCUUGCAUCGACCUGAAGAGAAACGUGUUAAUUAUCAAUGAAAAAGAAGUACCAUUUUUACCCGAGCACGAGUUACCAGAAAGUGCACGAAUGGAUGAAAUCGCCGACGAAACUAUACCAUUAAUCGAGGCGUCAACUAGCACUAGUACCGCCACCUCCACCACGACUACUGCUUCUACAAGUAAUGGUGUUAACACUAGCAAUACCCAAACAAACUCGAAUACAACGGUAACAUCAAGUAGUACGUCAAUACCAAUUAGUGGUUCUUCUGUUCCGUUAUCGUCUGCUACUGCGGGAACAACACAAUCAAAAUAUCCUGAAACAGAUAUUCUGAAAUUGGUCUCGUUGGGAAUACCUCGUGAACAAGCUAUCCAACUUUUAGAUCUAGCAGGAGGUAAUCCGGACUUGGCUGCGAGUUUUCUUUUCAACGAGUAA